AUUAGCCACAUAUGACAGAUUGAGAUUUUUGGAUGUGACUAAUAUUUGUUCUUUUUGUAAGGGUGGCCCGGAAACGGUGUCACACCUAUAUUUUGAGUGCUCAUUUACAGAACAGGUUUGGGAGUUGGUGCGGAAUUGGAUUGGAAUUUCAAGAAGGAUGACAAAGAUUCUGAGCGCAAUCAAAUGGAUAAAGAAAGAGCAUAAUGGAGCACAUGCCAAGGCUAAAACCGUGAGACUAUCUUUUUGCUAUACUAUAUAUUGGACCUGGCGGAUGAGGAACAAGAUAUGUUUUGAGAAGGCCAAGAUCACGGUGGAUGAAAUGGUUAAACAAAUCAAGUAUAUGGUGUAUAAAGUAAUAUACUCUAUGUAUCCAAUUGAUAGGAUAACAUUCUAAUUUUUUGCGGUUUAUCACCAAUCUUUUGUGACGGCAAGCCUCCACCGGUGAUGAGAUCUCUUGCGCUCAGUAGCUCCAGCCGAAUCCCACCAGCAACGAAGCUAGGGCGACACUAGCUUUUUUAUCUCCAUCGCAAAAACGGAGCUAGGUUGUGCGGCAACAAUUCUGACUAAGCAAAGGUCUGCUCCCAGGUCAAAAGCAGACCAUAGACCAGCGGGCCAGGGCUACAUGGAGCCCAGAAGUGAUUAUCAAAAUGAUGGGCCCAACUGCUAGAUAAGCCCAUGCACUCCAAUAUUCCGGCCCAAAUAAGAGUUCGGGAAGAACGCAAAUGUCUUAUGGAAAUUGCUACUGUGGAAUUCGAGCAACGAUUCUGACUUCAUGGACAAAUGACAAUCCAGGGAGACGAUUCAUUGCGUGCUCAAGAGGUACAGGUGCUUGCUGUAACAUGUUCGAAUGGCUUGAUGAGGAAAUCUAUUAUAGGUCGAAGAUGAUUAUUCCUGGUUUGUUGAGGAAAAUAAACAGAUUGGAAGCUGAGCUUCCCGAUGAGAAGGAAAAGGAAAAAGGGAUGUCUAAAAACCAGAUGUUUAGGAGUGUCUUCUAGUGCAUUCUUGCUGGAUUAGUGGUGGCAGUAAUAUGGGCUGUUUGCUAUGCCAUUGGAAGCAAGAAAAUGGUAGCUUCGAAUAUGUGUGAUGCUAGGAAGGAUUAGUUGGAAUGGAAGUUUGAGUAGAGUUUCAGUUAUUACAUUAACUAAACUAGGUGUGUGUUUUAGGAACUCAUGUAUGACUUAG